UAGUGUGGAUAUUCCAUAUUGAACUCGAAAUAUGACUUCGACGAGUGAUGACGCGAAACUAGUAUUACCAAUUUGGCUGAACAAUCAAUUUAUUGAGGAACAUCUUCAGCAGUACUUCCAAGAUGACCACUUAAAGGUCCUCAAUUUCGUAGCAAAACCAGCUACCGAAAAAGUGGAAAAUUUCGCCGGUAUACUCUACCGCUUAACUAUCAAACUUAAUAAAGCUCCCGGCCACCACCAAAGUGCAGAUUUGAGUAUCAUCGCCAAAUUGACUCUGCGCGGAAAUUUCGCUUUUGAUUUUCUAUCCAGUCUGAAUGCGAUAGAAAAGGAAUUUCAUUUCUACAGUCACAUCGCGCCAAAAAUGAAAAAAUGCGCGAACGAAUUGAUGGGACCUAGUCGAUUUUUGCCAGAAGUAUACGGCGUCUGUGAGAUUAAUGGUGUCCUUUUGUUGGAAGAUUUGGCUGCGGAAGACUAUUGCACAAUAUCGGUUCAAAACGGUUACGAUCUGGAUGCUGCUAAAGUUGCUCUGCAAAAAGUAGCGGCAUUCCAUGCAAUCAAUGCCUUGAUCGUGCAAAGAGAAGCGGAGAUUUUUGAAAGUUAUGGCGGUGGUAUAAUAAAUCAGCAUGUUGACGGAUUCCUACCGCACUUCAAAGCCCAAGUAAGUUUCGUCAAAGAAGUGGUAUCAAAUUGGCCGGAUUUUGCAAAAUAUCUACCAAAACUGGAUCGAUUGUUGUCCAAGUUUGAUGAGAAAGCACGCCAUGCAUUCCAGCCGAAUCCGACGCAUUUUAAUACGUUAGUCCACGGCGAUAUGUGGUCUCCAAAUUUAAUGGUCAGAAGGAGUGAAGACAAGCAAACAAUCGACAAUAUCGUCUUCAUCGACUUUCAAUUUUCUUGUUUUACGUCACCAGCUAUCGAUUUACAUUAUUUCCUUUCAAAUACAUUAAAGGACUCGCUUCGACUUGAUCAUACCGACGAGUUGAUUGAGUUUUACCACACAAGCCUCGUAAAGCAUUUGGAGAAUCUGAACUAUUCGAAGCGUAGUCCAACAUUGCAAGAGUUUAAACAGCAGUUCGCAGAGAAGGGCUUUUAUGGAUUCAUGACGACAUGUUUGACCGUGCUACUGCAAACACACGAUUACACAGAAUCUGUCGAUUUUGAAACAAUAUUUUCAGUCAAUGAGAAAGCUUUGCAAUUCAAACGAAAACUUCACGGUACGCCAAAAGCUCAUGCAAUUUUACGAAAAUAUCUUCCGUACUUUGAUGAAUUGGGAGUUUUGGAUUGAUCUAUAAUGUCUCUGCAACUAUAUUAAGUAGAGUUGUGAUAUGGGAGUGAUUGCGAUUUUCACUUACAGUACAUGCGCUGUCGUAAGGAAGCGCUUAUCAGUUCAUUUGUUCGCCCAAUCGUUCACUUAAAUUUGUAUGGUGUGCUCGCUCACGUCGUUCAAAAUGAAUUUCGAGUAAAUCAGUAGAUGAACGAGUAACUUUAAUAAAAAAAAUCAUCGCACUCUGAUUAUGUGAGUAUCGCUGUGAAAGCAAGUGUUUCAACGCUGCGUUUGUGACUUUUCAUUUUCAUCGUCGAUUAUAGGUAAAACUCAAGGCUAUCAAUCGCCUAUAUAAUAAGGUUCAUGUUUUACCACUGGUUAUACUGCGAAUUCGGGCGAUUCCAGAAGUGCCUUUGGGGUGUUUGCUAAUUUAUUUAUUUAUUUUUGAUUUUUACAAAUGAGUUUUACUAUAGCACUGAACCAAGCACUUGAACAGAUUGUUUAACGGAUAUUUAGCCUCUCUAAUAUCUGCCAAACAACAUUUUUUGAACCGCCACAAUAAGAGCUAAAGUGGCAAAAAUUUUCAAAUUUUUAGUUCACUUUAAAAUGUAGACAAGUAGGUCAUUUCAAAUAGAGUGGCU